AUGGGUGAUGGCAUCGGGGUACAGUUUGGAGGCACGAAGUAUCUCUGGGGUAACGUCCCUGCAUUCGACAUUCUUGAAAUGGCAUCGAAUGAAGGAGAGACAUAUGCUGGAGAUCUUCACCUCCUAUUCGCAGCCUCAGGCGACCUUCGCAAUGUCAUCAAGACAAUCGCUCACCUUCCGAGCAGUUAUGACCAUUCUCUCGAAAUCACAAUCAAUGACCGAGAUCUUGACAUAGCUGCUCGUAACUUGAUCUUCCUUCUCGUUGCACUGAUUGUCGAGAAUCGCGAUGAAGCUAUCGAUUGCAUCAUUCAUCUCUGGUACUCGGCUCUCGUCCGCGUCUCUGAUAUUGAAAUUCUCAACAAUCAAAUUCGGCCCCUGAUUCAAGAUGUUUGUGAAAAGGUCAAAAGCAAGUCACCUAAAACCAUUUUAGGGAAGACGUGGACAUUUGGAAAGCGCAAUUUGAGAAUUGUUCUGCAGCAAACAUCAUGGAAUCGUCUUUUAUCCUUUUUUGACAAGCCAGUCGGCUUAACGGCCGAAAUGGCAUCUCAAAUCCGAGCAGACAAUACCCUAGCUCACUCGAGAAGGGACUAUCGCGAUCGAUAUAUGACAUACCUUACACCCCCCAACGAAUCUCAUUCCACAAAGCCAAACCCGACUUUCUUUCAAACCAUUGAUAUGUGGCCGAUGAAAGACAACGCAGAUCCUCACCAUGGGUGGUCUUUAGAAGAGGUUUCCAAUACAUCAAGUGGAGCCGCAACUGCUGAUACUUACGGCAAACUUUUCUUCUAUAUUCGCGGCGUUCUUGAUUCCUUUCUAGAUCGAGUUUCAGAUCUGAGAGUUUCCUUCAAACUUCUCAAUUUUGAUGCCUUUGACCUCCCUGAUCACCUGGAUGCCGGUUCCUUUAGUCGAAUUGAUGUAUCAAACAUCUCGGAUAUUGGCUGGUUGGGAAUACACCGCACGCUGUAUUUGAUGGUGCCCUUACUUCAGACUCCUGCGCAAAACCCACACGCCACCUUGAUCACCCUCUUUAUGAACGCCGUGGAUGAGACACUGACAGUUGAAGACCAAAUGCAGGGUCUGACUCCAAACAGCCGAGCAACGAAGACUCUACUCCAAUACCUUCCCCCGACAGGAAAGCCAAGUUCUACGCAUGAUCCUACGUUGAUCAAAUUUUCAUAUGGUCGGGAACUUGUCGGAACAUAUGACCAUAUAUUUGAAAGAUACAUGAGAAAGUUUGAGAUCCGCAAGGCCGGUGACCUUCUCGGCGCGAUGAUGAAGGAAAACCACACUAUCAUUGAGAAAUGGCCGUAUAGGUUGAAACUUCGACCAGGUCAACCUGGAGCUCAAGAUGAGUUUGACCGGCGCAUGAGAGAUGGCGUUUCGGGGAAGGAGCGAUAUGUUGAGUGGAAGAGAGUCCAUCAAGGUAUCUUGUAA